GGUAUGUCGGAAGAUAAAAACAAACAGGGAACUCUGAGUCGGGCUAUGUUAGUUACGCAUGUUCACAGUACGCAGCAAAAGAACAUACAAGUUCAAAAGACUGGCUAAAAGAUUUUCUCUUGCUUAAAUUUGAUUUUAAAAAAAUCCUCCAAAAAAUCCAUGUUUUGCACGUUUUGUUAGGAUGUAGGGGAAUUGAUGGCAGGCAAGACUGCAUUUUUAACAGGGAACCAGAAGUUCAAAACAUAAACAUAUUAUUAGUACAGUGCUUCAAAAAGGCACGCAAUGUGCAGAGAGGCAUACGUCCAGAAGUGUCAGCCAGACCAUCCUGCUACCAUAAACAGGCAAGUAGAACAUUCUGAGGAAGAUGCUACCAGGCAGUUAAAAAUCAUUUGUUGGGGGAAAAAAAAAAGUUGUCCAUUAAAAUUUUGUUGAUGCAAAAGUAGUGUUACAUAACAAAGGAAGGAAAAAAAGAUUUGUAGAUAUUCAACAAUAAAUUCAAGCAAAAUUGUAUAUAUAUAUAUAUUUUUUGUGUGCCCCUACAUUUUUCAGAGCGUGCCUAAUUAUUAUUUUUUUUUAAACUUAGGCGCACAUGUGCCUAAAACAAAGUUACCGUAGAGCCCUGCCUACAGCAGGUUUCAACACUGGGAUGAAAAAUGCUGGUGAACUCAUUUUGGCCCUGAUUGGCAUAUUGUUGAUACACCAGGCCUGUGGAUGCCCGAAAGAGUGCACGUGCAACCUAAAAACUAAAACAGUAGACUGCAGGGGGCAAGGACUUACCGAUAUCCCAGCCAGGCUGCAGCCUGACACUCAGGAACUGUACCUACAGAACAACCAGAUCCAUGCUGUCCACCCCUGGGCCUUCAAGGAGACAUCCUCGCUGCAGGUUUUGGACUUGUCAAACAACAGCAUUUCCAUCUUAUCCACAAGCUCUUUUCAAGGACUGCACAGCCUGCUGGUUCUGAAUCUUGCAAACAACUCUAUCAGGGAUAUUGACAGCAAACUGUUCAGCCCCACGAACAGUCUCUCCGAACUGAAUUUGUCCUUUAACAGUAUAGCAAGCCUGCCUGGGAACCUGGCGGACGACUUCAAAAACCUCACAAGGCUUUCAGUCCGUCACAACGGGCUGCAGAGGCUGGAGAGAACGCUACUGGAGCCCCUCUCCAAACUGCAGGCCUUGUUUUUACACAGCAAUCCCUGGACAUGUGACUGUCAGGUAAUUGGACUCAAGCUCUGGCUGGAGAGGUUCCUGUUCAAAGGGGGAAUAAUUGACGAAAUCCGUUGCCUGCAGCCUGAAGAUCUGGAGGGGACAGACCUUCGCAAAGUCCCCUAUGAAAUGUUCCAGACCUGCCCCUCUACAAACUACAACUACCCGUUCUCCAACAUCCAACACACGGACCCCGAGCCCAAGAGUUCCCACUCUCACACGCACGACCAGCAGGCCGAAGAGAGUGUCCCGGAUUGUGACCCGAAACAGCGUCCGCGGCCAGUCAGUCUCCGCCAUGCCAUCGCUACGGUCGUGAUAACUGCUGUGGUCUGUGGAAUCGUAAGCCUGAUGAUGCUGGCUGCUGCUGUGUAUGGAUGUGCUUACGCAGCGGUUAUGGCGAAAUAUCACAGAGAUCGCAAGAAAGUGGACCAUUUGGCAGCAACUACUGAGCAGGGGUGCCCAGAGGAAAAGGAACCAUUGGAUCGGUCUCUUGUAUAACUAUUGCUUUUUAUACUGUA